CACGCCCAUCGGAGUUCAUAAAGUUCUGAAAGUCCCGUCACAGCAGCAGAGCAUCUCGAAUCUACUGUACACGCUCCAGGACUGACUUUAACACUCACUUUCUUCUGUUUGCGACACUUUCGCCUCAAGACUCAUCUGAAGUUCUGUUUUAAACUCGAUUCUGUCGUCCAGGAUCUCAAACACUUGACGUUAUCCUGCGAACAGGAGUCUCUUCAACAGUCUUCUGCUAAAACAUCUCAUGGCGAUGGACAAGCGUAUCCUGCAGUCUCUGGGGAACAGCCGGACGCGGCGGAACCUGUUCGGUCCGGUGGAUCAUGAGCAGCUCCAGCUGGAGUACCUCGACGCUCUGAGGAAGGACCUGGAGGAAGCAUCCCGCCGCUGGAGCUUCGACUUCCUCUCGGAGACACCUCUGGAGGGCGGAGACUUCCUGUGGGAGGGCGUGUCCGAGGAAAAGCUGCCCGUCUUGUACCGCGGCUCUCGGGAGGUGCAACCGCGCGGGAAAGAGAACAUCCUCAGAAUCCCGAAGAGAUUCAGCACCGUCCCGCAGGAUGUGGAGAAAACGCCAGAAAAGAGGUCAGAGCUGAAGAGGAAACAGACGAAUAUCACAGACUUCUAUCAGGCGAAGAAGAGGCAGGUGGCCACACCCCGCAAAUCAGGACAAUAACACACACACACACACACACACACUCAGGAACACUAGUGUGUCUCGUCAGGACUCGUCUCUUCAUAGGAGGAACACAGACACACUAGAACUGAUGUAAACCACCGCUGCUUCUCACUAGAUCUUCUGUUUUUCAACACUGGCGUCUCCCUUCAUCUCUUCCAGAACUCUCAACAAUCAUUAAUAGUAGUUUUCUGUCGCAGUCGCACUGUUGGAUCUGUGCGGGGGUCAUGGACCGAAUCAAGAAACACACAGCGGACUGUUCCACAACUUAUUUAGCAUCUUCCAUCAUGUUUUUGUUUGACUGAGAAAUUGUUUCUCUGUCGUUCCUCUUCCUGUUUAUAUGUUUGCAUGUCAACGGUUAACAUUUAUGCUUAAUGAUGUUUAAGAGAAUGUGUUAAAAUCUUUUUUAAAUCCACUAGGAUUUGUCUCUCAGUGGGACCACAAAAUUUCAUGACCGAUUAUAACACUGAUUUUUCGGUGUGCAUGUAUACAAAUGUAUUGCUUCAUUGCACAAUACUUGUAGCUACUUUUAACUAACAUUUGGUGCCAAAGGUUAUUUAUUUUUUUUGUUAUUUUUUACAGAUAUAGUUAUUUAUAAUACAAACCCUUCUUAUCCGCCUGGAUGUUCUCGGACAACUCUCGUAAAGGAACUGCAAUUAUGUUUUUACAAAAUUUAUUUAUAAACACUUGGGCGUCGUUUGCAAAACACGAGCUGAAUGAAAUCUCUACAGAUCCUUUGUAAGUUGCGUUAAAUUUAAAUUGCGUUAAAUUAGGUUAUGAAUGUUUAAAUGAAGAAUUUGCACAGAAUUUGUUCUGUUUGCGUUCCGUGAACACUGCCCCUGCAUCUACAGCAUAUUCACAAACACUCUCAGUUUUACUUGUAGUUAAGGAAAUUCAAGUAACAUAACGUUUAUUUGAAAUAAACAUAAUCACAGAUAUGAACACUAAGAGUUCUACAUUCGCUAAUUGAGUGUUAAGUUUCAGCAAACAUUUACUGAAUCUGUUCUGUGAUCGUUCUUGUCUACUUGUAGAUUUCUGCGACUUGUCUGUAAAUAUCCUGUAGAUAUCCAGACUAUUCGCCGUUGAUGGAGAAUUGCACUUGUUAUUUUGAGUAGUCUAGCUUGCACAUGUCUGUUUUUGUUAAAGAGCUCAGAAUAUAUGAUGUAUUUAUUUUAUGGAUAAAUAUUGUAUUGUAGAUAGACAUAUAAUUGUUCUUGUAGUAAAGCCGUCUAUAAACAGAAACUCUGGUGUGUGUGAUUGAUAUGUACAAAUAAUAUUCCUCUAAAUAUUCA